AUACAGUCAUAGUCAAUGGAAUAGGAACGCGGGAGGAUGUACAGAUUAUGUAUUCGAUCAAUUUUAUAGAUAACAUUUGAAUCUUUAUAUAUCAGAUAGAUUCGGCGUAACAUUUAUUUUACAGAGGGGACUGCUCUGCUAGAUGGUUUAACGCCAAUAAGUUGGUGCCGUCGGAGAUGGGAACGAAAUAGGAAGUGAUCUCAGCAAGGUUUUAAUUUCCUGUUGUGUACUGCGCAGAGCUAAACUGAGAGCUAGCUACUUUCCAACAGUUUAAUUGCACAAAGUAAAGACAGUCCACACUAUUCUGUUAAUGAACACCACGCCUUAAGAUACCACUAAGCCAGUCUAGUGUGCUUGCAUUUUUACACAAGCUGACAAGCUCAAUUCCUGCCAGAAUGUUUUGGUAUUUGUAUGGACAUUUUUGGACGGCUCGGGAUUUCGACGGACUCGAUUUGUACUAGUAGUAGCCAAGCAGGGGACAUGGAUAGCUCAGUGACCCUGUGGCAGUUUCUUCUCCAACUCCUGUUGGACUCCUCCAAUGAUCAGUUGAUCUGUUGGACCAAUCAUGACGGAGAGUUUAAGCUGCUACAGGCUGAGGAGGUGGCCAAGCUGUGGGGCGCCAGGAAGAACAAGCCCAGCAUGAACUACGACAAGCUCAGCAGAGCACUGAGAUACUACUACGACAAGAACAUUAUUAAGAAGGUGAACGGACAGAAGUUUGUCUACCGCUUUGUCUCCUACCCCGACAUCCUGAAAGGGGAGACGUCGGCCAGGCCGGAGGGGGGUGAAGGGGGUGCAGGGGGUUCGCCGCCUGUCUCAGAGAGAGGGGAAAACAUACCCCGAGAAGGGGACUCUGGGGACAAGAGCAGGGCUGGAGGGGGGCCAGGCGGCCAGGGCUUUAGCACCAAGCCAUCCAAUCGGAAUGACUACAUCCACUCUGGGCUCUACACAUCCUUUACCCUCACCUCACUACAAAAUGGACGACAACUAUUCAAAUCCAUCAAGAUGGAGAACCCGGCUGACAAACUGGCAGACAGGAAGACAGCCUCGGACCUGUCUCCUCUGCCACAGCAGCCCCCGAGGUCUCCUUCUGUCAUCAAGUUCGGGAGCACACCACCCACUCCUCAGGUUGCCAUAGAAACCUCUCCAGCAUCCAGCUCAACGCUGUAUCCUCUCCAAAGCCCACCCCCCGUAGGUGAUGUUGUGACAACACACUCCUCGCUCCCACCCCCUGCUGGGUGUAGUUUGGAGCCAGUCCGAUCCACGGAGUCUGCAUUGCCAGGAUUCGCCCUGUCAGAGCUGUCGUCACGGAGCCCCUCCCCCAGCAUCAUUCCUGACUCCACUCAGGAACUGGUGAUUGACAGCGACAAUGAGUCAAGCUGCUCCCAGCCUACCGACACACAGACACAGGGGGUGGAAAGGGCAGGCUCUGUGUCCAGUGGUGAGGUGUGUCCAGGGGACAGAGAGAUGAGCCUCUCUCCAGGCAGAAGGAGUCUCAGUGGGUACAGUCAGAACGGAGGGAAGGCCCGCAAGCCCAAGGUCCUGGAGCUGAGCGCCCCCACUCUGGUGGUCACCUCCUCCGACCUUUCACCCAUGAACCUCUACAGCCCCUCCCUACCCACGGCCUCCCUGACUCCCGCCCUGUUGCAGACUCCCACCCUGCUGCUGACUCCCAGCCCCCUGCUGUCCAACAUCCACUUCUGGAGCACGCUCAGUCCGGUGGCUCCCCUCAGCCCCGCCACCCGUCGCCAGCAGGCUGCUCACACCCUUUUCCAGUUUCCCUCAGUGCUGAAUCCUCAGUUCCAGAUACCAGUGCACAGUCUAGACGGGACGAACACCCCUGGGCCCAUCUCCCCAGACCCUCAGAAGACAUAAGACACCCUCCACCAUGAACCCCAUCUGGCAGCCAGGUCGUCAUACUCACUUCCACCCCAGUUCCAGAACACUGCUGGGGGGCCCUGUGCCUGGGGGGGGGGGGGGGUGGCUGGAUGUUUGCUGUAUGUCAGCUACUGGGCACAGGUGUCCUGUUGAUUAGAAGCCAUAAUCCCUACCUUGAGCCCUGACCCUUGAACUCAACCUCAACCCCCACCUAGGGUCCUGACCUGAACCCCUUAGCCUUAACCCCAAACAUGAACCCUAAGCUCUAACUCAAACCUCAACCUUAACUCGGAAGCUAUAGCUAUGAAAGAUAUAGAGGUGUAGACUAUUAGGCAGUAGAAUCAAGCCAUAAGGCAGGAGCAGCGGAAGUCCCCACAUCGAAUGGGACGUUGGUGGAAUGUUUCAGAUUCUCAUGUUUACAGGCGACUCAUUGUAAGCCCCUGUCACUGCUGCCCAUUCCUGUUAGAAAUGCCUCUUGUAACACAUGCUUACUUUAAGUGGUGCCUUAAUCCUCCCAGGCCCUAGUCCAGCCCUCUGGGCUCGGCCCUAGCUAAUGCAGUGUAGAUUCUUUGCUGUCUUUGUGUUGUGUAUGUUGAUGUUUGUGUAAUGCAAGCCAUGCCUCUGCCUUUACCAAGCGGCAGAAGAAGGAGGGGAGAGCAGGUGGGGGGACUGUCAGAGCAGCCAGGCCCAGGCAGCUUGGUGCCACACCUCUGCUCUCUCCACCAGGAUAGGAGGCAGGGUCUACUAUAUUGGGAAGUAAAAGUGCUCACCUAGACCCUUCUAGAAACAAAUUUCUUAAUUUUGUCUAUUACAGCUUUUUUUACAGCAGUGCUGUAUGAUAGUUGCAUUAAGGUCAUGAUCCCGUGCCGAGGUCUUUUGACACAUUUUCCUUUUCCAUUUGUAAGCCACGUCACAAACAUUUAUUUCGAUUUUUGAAAUCACAUCCUGUCGACGUUAGAAGUUCAGUUGGGAUGGCUCGUUCUCUCUCUCUCUCUCGUGGUCUCAAGGUUUCCUGUGUGUGUGUGUGUGCAAGUAUGGAUUAUAGUUCAGAAUUGCACAGAGGGAGAAUACGGCUCGACGAUCAAAAGGAAUGUGCAGGCGUCAUCUCUGCAUGUUUGCAAAGACGCGCAGGACAUGCACAUGAAUAGUGCACCCCCACGUGCUGUACCUCCUCCUGCUUCUCCGUCCCCCACUGUUUACCUGCUUAAACAUUAGUAGUGACAUUAAAACAUAACCAUGUGACAUAGAAAAGUCAAUUAUGCCUAUCUGUUUCGUUUUAAUUCCUUUUGAUAUUUUCCAUGUCACCUUCAGUCUGAACAUAAAUGUAUAUUUUUGUAAUGGCCAGAUGGUGGUGUCCAUGCUGUCGUGGUUUCUGUAGUUGAAUAUGGUUUUAAUGUAGAUGUUUUGUUUGUGUGGUUUUCUUCUCCGAUUGUGGGUCUUGUCCCUUGAUGACAUUGACUAUUUGUGCAAUCAAAGCCUUGUGCAGAGAAACAUAAAUCCAAGUUUUUAUAUAGUACUUUGAUAGCGUUAAGUGUUGGUAGUGGUAUAACGUUGGCACUCGAACUUCAGGAUUUCCUGUAGUAUUGGAUACAAAAUAUGAAAUCACUUUUCUAUGUUUGAGAUUUGAUACAGAUUUUACACUAUUGCAAAAAAAAAAAAAAAAGUAGAUUAAAUCUAUAUUUGUCUGUGAUUACUUAGUUUUGUCCAAAUCAACACAAUCUGUAAAUCUAUGCACAAACUGACUUCAAGAUUGAUCUCCCUAGAUCUGCAGGAUGGUCUUAAUCAAAUGUUUAUAUUUUAACGUAGAAGAAAAACCUCUGCAUCUGAGUUCCCUGUUUAUCAAAGUUUACAGAUUUAACAGCAGAUAUUUUUGUAUCUGAAAAGUGACAUUUCUAUUUCAGAAAAAUGACAUAAGCUUAAAACUCUAUGCUAUUCUAUACUAUUUUGUACAAUAGUUAAAGGUGAAAAGUAGCCAUUUUUGAAGAUUUUCCAACGGUAUGAAGUUUCAUCCAAGCAUCUCUCUUGCCCCAACAUUCUAGUAUUUGUAUGUUGUUUUCUUGAAUCACCAUUCAUGUCAAACUUGGCGCUUAAAAAGACGUUAACAGACUGUUUGCUUGUUCUGUUUGGUUUUGUCCAGUUGCAGUAAUUGUACUUGUUCAAAGCUUUUCAAAUGUUUACAGGCUGCUUGUUUGAAGUGGCAUAUUGAUGUGAGGAGUACACAGCCUCUAAAAUAUGAGAAAAAGAUUAAAUAAACUAGUCUCUCUAGCCAGA